AUGGCUGCUUGCGUCAAGGGCUUCACCAGCUCCAGCAGUCUGCUGAAGCAUCAGCGCACCCACACCGGCGAGCGUCCCUACACCUGUGCCCAGUGCAGCAAGGGAUUUACCCACUCAACCAGCCUGCUGGUUCACCAACACACCUACACUGGCGAGCGUCCCUACACCUGCGCCCAGUGCUGCAAGGGCUACACCAGCUCCUCCAGGCUGCUGUCCCACCAGCGAGUGCACGCCGGCGACCGUCCCGUCCCAAGCAUAGUGUGUGGAGAGCGCUUUGCCAUGGCCUCGCAAGACCUGUCUCUCCAGCACAUGCACACCAGUGACCAACCCUACGACUGCCCGUACUGUGGUGAGGCGUUUGACAGCUUGCGGGAGUUGCAGCAGCACCGGUGGACCCACGCUGGCGACCAGUUGCUCCCACUGUGAGAAGAGAGCAUGAGGGCUGCGGGAGCACCAGCGGAUACACACCAGGGAGAGACCCUUUGUGUGCGCUGAGUGUGGCAAGGGCUUCACCCGCAUGUCCAGCCUCCUGUGGCAGCACUGGCGUACCCACAGCAGUGAGCGUCCCUUCCCCUGCCCGUUC